AUCACCGCACCGCACCGCCAAAAUCCGAAGCGGCAACGCCGGCAUAAGGUGGCCGUCGCCCUCCACGAUUCAACGCGCGACUGAACGAAGAAGAAACGGCAGCGGGAGGAAGAGAAGAACCCGCCAAAGGAGAACCGCUUCUUUGAUCUCCGCGCGCGACGAUGGACUCUCCUCCGAAGGCGAAGAUGCGGCCGAGCCCCGCGGCGAGCCGCAGCAGCAGCCGCAAGUUCUUCCGGUGCUUCAGGCCCGCCGUCCUCGACGAUGACUACAAAGGAGGCAACCACUGGUGCGAGCAGGGUGUGGACGAGACGUUCUUUGCGGUCGUGGCAGCGAAGGAAAACGAGGGUCAUGCUCUGCGUAAGGUUCCGUCGGGGGGUAAAGGAGACGAUGGCUCGGACGACGACGAUCGCGGGAAGAAGAAGAAGAAGAAGGGUUUGAAAUCGUUGGCGCGUGCUUCCAGGGCCGUGUUGUUCGAGACGUCUCUGGCGAAGAAGUUGCGGAAGAAGAAAAGCGCAGAGAAUUCGCUCGAUUCGAUCAGCAAUCUGUCCAUGGAAGCAGAUAGAAUUCUGAAGCUCAUGCAUCAGAAUUCCAGCAGCGGAGUUUCGGACAACGACAAGGCCCCAACGACUGAGUCCGAUGGCUCUAAUUCUUCAGGAGCUGUUUCGCCUUCCCUGAGCUCUUCGCGAUCUUCAAGCAUGAAUUCUUCGAUGAGAGGGAGGAGCCAGUCGUCGACCCGGUCUAGUUCCUUCAACUUGAAGCAGAUUCAAUCGAGCGCCUUAGAGGACGGCAAAGAGCGGCCGUCGCAUUCCGAGAACUUCACUAUCUGCCUGCUUCUGCUGACCCUUCCGGCGCUGAUCCUGUGGGGCAAGGUCUGCGCCAUCGUUUGCACUUCGACCUGGCUGCUCCUCAUGCCGCGGUGGAGCACAAUCAAGUGCGCAAAGUCCCCAUUCGACAUCGCCGACGAAUCGUCAUCGAUCAUGGAUUCCCCGGAGUAUAAGAAGAAGAUCAUCUUGAAAGGUCUGUUGCAGAGGAAACAGUGUUGCGGCGCACAUCUGCGAGUCGCGACGCAUUGAAACAUGUUCGUCGUUGCUGCUCUUUUUGUCAAGCUUCAUGAGAUUUUCUGUUCGAGGUUCGGAAACUAAUGCCUACAGGAAAGGAGAUGUGAUUUUUAUUUUUUUUUCGCCGGCUUCUCAUUUAAUUGUGGAGAAUAUCGGGGAACUUCCAGGUACAGAAGCUUGGAUCGUCGAAACCGGCGAGCUUAAGUUUUACAUUUUCGAUUCAUGUCAAUCGUUUUGGUGUCUGCUUUCAAUCCGGGUCGGCUCAAACCGCACUCGGAAGCCAUUGUUGUGUUCUGAGUAUGUAUACAUUGGAAUUCAUUCAAGUCCUCCGAUACUAGGUGAAUGUAAAUACGAGGACGAAAGGUACUUUUUUUCU